CAAACAUGUUGCCUCUCUUUUGCUGUACGUUCGACCAUUGUCCACUGUAGCUCUGUUAGUCAUUUCUUUGUCGGCCAUUUAGAAAUUAUGUGAACAAUUUUGUCACAACGUUCGUUCUGUCUAUUUUUCAAGUUUUCGUUUGUUAAAUUUUGUAAAUUUCGUCGCUUAAACGUAAAAGUACCAUGGACAACAAUCUCAACCAAUUAAACAACGAGUUUCACGGGGAGAGGCAGAACCAUAUCCUGCAAUUGGCCGAUCAUUGUCUGCUGGAAGUGUUUACGCAGAAGUCUUUCACUUUGUUGGAUUUGUGUUCCAUAGCUGAGACCUGUCAACGAUUCCAGGAAGUUGUCCAACGCGCCUCUCCGAGAGAGCUCUGCAUUCGCAUUAGGCACACGGGCGAUUACGACAUUAAAACCCGAUAUGCACUCACCAGCACCAACGGGCCUGGCAUCGAAAGAAUCUUCAAAAAUUUCGGCCCGCUCCUCACUGGCAUCUCGAUAGCAAUUCCGAGGGUGGCAUUCUCGUACGAAGAGUACAUCAAACAGAAUAUGGAGGUCGUUCAACGACAGCAACAGAAGCAGUACGAGGGAUCAAAUUUUGUGCUGCAUGUGGUGGCACGGUUUUGUGUCGAUAGUUUGAAAGUCUUGAAGAUUUGCGGUUUGAAAGUGCCGCGUUAUAUCACCGAAGAACUGAGGCCAAUAUUUGCUCGGUUGGAGGUGCUUAAAAUAAGAGACGCUGUUGUAUCGGACGACGACACACUGUUUGCGGGCUGCGAUGCAUUGACGGAACUGAGAGUCGUUCACGUCGACAAUUGUCAGGCCAUUCUAGCGAACAUUUUCCCCAAAUUGGAACUAUUCGGCUACGGGAAGCCGUACAAGCCGAGCUGUACAUACUGGUCGGAUGUGUCAGACUCACAAAAGGACGUAGUCGUCGACCGUUUGUCAACGUUCAUUUUACUUCAUUUGAGCCUGAAGAAGGUCAUUCUGGCUAACAAAAUGGACGCGCGCUUUCUGCGCAUAUUUGAAGACGGUUUCGACAAAUUGGAGGAGCUGGGUCUGAAUAUGUCGGGAAUAAACGUUGCUUCUCUACAUCAACUUGGCGCAUUGAAGUCGCUGAAAACCCUGAAACUUAUGCACGCCUCGUGUGGGGAUUUAACAUUCGUUCCGGCCAUGGCCAAAUUGCGUGAAUUAUACUCGUACGAUUGCCGUUUGCCGGACGAUCGUUCGUUUCAAUUCUACUUUCUGCUUCAAUUGACAAAGUUGCACAUCAUGCAUGGAGAGACACCCGUUCCGGAUGUGGUUCACAUAGUCCAGCAAAUGAUUCACCUGAGAAUGCUGACCAUUUUCGAUCUGGAGAAGUUUGUGUUGGACAAGGAGACGUUCACCAAAAUUGUCGCCAUCGUUGAUGGACGGCCGCAACGGCUGACGAUCAAAUGUAGAUUCGAUUUUGAUGCGAAAAAAUGGAACGAAAACCAACAUGUUAGAUUGCUGCACGUUGAACGAUCGCCUGUGCAUCCGAAUUUUUGAAUAAAUUUUUCUUUUGUGUCUGAAA